GCCGGGCGGCGCCCGAGCGCGCGGGAAGGACACUUAAGUAGAGAGGUCUGGCCUGCUUGCUCAGGGAGACUUGAUGAGUGACCCACCCCAGACUUCCAACCUCAAAACCCACGGCCUCCACUCGAGGCCCCCGAGGCCAUGGGUCGGAUCUCCGGGCUCGUGCCCUCUCGGUUCCUGACGCUCUUGGCUCAUCUGGUGGUUGUCAUCACGUUGUUCUGGUCCCGGGAAAGCAACAUCCAGGCUUGCCUGCCUCUCAAAUUCACCCCGGAGGAAUACGAAAAGCAGGACAACCAGCUGGUAGCCGCGCUCUGUCUCACCCUGGGCCUCUUUGCAGUGGAGCUGGCUGGCUUCCUCUCAGGAGUCUCCAUGUUCAAUAGCACCCAGAGCCUCCUCUCCAUUGCAGCCCACUGUAGCGCGUCUGUGGCCCUGUCUUUCUUCGUAUUCGAGCGAUGGGAAUGUACCACGUACUGGUACAUUUUUACCUUCUGCAGGUGCCCUAGCACCCAAUAUUUUGGAAUGGGGGGGGGUGGUGGAAAAUCGAUCCCAAAUCUGAAGGUUUCCCCCACCUAGACCUUUCCUGCACAUGUGAAAUUGGUAGAGUUUUGAAGAGUCAUACCCACCCUAACCCACCCGCAUAUAAGGUUUGGAGGUUCAAGUGUUUGGGUUGGAAGGGGCUCUAACUCCCCCCCCUCCCCCGCGGCCCCGUACUUUUCACAGCGCCUUCCCAGCUGUCACUGAAACUGCAUUAUUCAUCGCUGUCUUUGGGCUGAAAAAGAAACCCUUCUGAUCACAAUCCGGGUGUAGGGACCAAGGCUGGAAAAGUGAUGAAGCUUCCUCCCACUGCUGCAAGAAAAAGGCAGAGGCUUCAGUUUUCUCUCGCCCAAGUCCCUUGCUCCUCCCAACUGCGGCUAAGCAGAGGAUGGCAGUGUUGGAAUAAGAUCUCUCAAAUCUUGGAUUAUAAUUUUAUUAGAGUUUUGUAAUAAAAUUUAUUUUAUAACAAGAGCAAGGCGUAUACUAUUUUUCAGAAGACCAUUGGAUGGGCCAAGAGGCUGGUAUAAAUAAAGGCUUUUAUCUUGUGGUUAGGGCUAGAAGUAAUGCUUCUAUUUGGGUUUUUACGCUAGAAGCUAGGCGGAAGUGAGUGGGCGGGGAUAUGCAAAUAACUAUCUCACAUAGCGCUUCUAAUUUGCCGCGUGUGAGGGGAGCAUUCUGGGAUGGUUUUGUUUCUCCCUUUUUGUGCCGAAUGGAGAAUAAAAUACUUCAAACGA